AUGGUUCUGAAGAAGAGCGAACUUCGAGAGCAAGAUGUCAGCCUGGCCCGUCAGCUCCUCGUCGUCUACGACUACGUCGAGGAGACCAAGUGGUUCCUUGAAAACUUCGAAGCAUGCGAUCCUCGUCACUCGAUCGCCGGUCCAUUGACGUCAACGGAGCGUCGAUUCUCGCAAAACUUUCAGAAGAGGCUGUCGGAUUUUGGUUUGAACUUGAAGGGGAUCCCGCACAACGGGUUCGCAUCGCCUCCAUCCUGGACAGACCUGAGCGGUAGUAAAACAACGCCGAAGAGACAUAGCAGGAACAUAUCAGAUGGGAUGAUUAGUAUCGAACACCUGAGACGAAUCUACCAUGAAAAUAAUAAUAAUGCAGCAGCGGGGAUGGAUAAAUCAGAAAGUUGUGAAGCGCUUCCGGAAGGUCCGUUACUGGAUGGGUCGGAGGGCAGAAGCAGAUCGCCUCGGUCAAUGACAAGGAGAAGUAUCUCUUCCAAUUUCCUAGAAAUCAGCUUCAGCUCGAUGACAGCAUCAAAAGGCGACCAUGGUCUUCACCAGGGUCCAUUGUCUCCGAUCUCUGAUUCUGGACAAGCCGUAACCAUGGAUGAAUAUGCUGAUGGUGAUGAUAAGGAGGAGGAGGGUGAGAAGAGGAAUGUGCAUUUACAGUCGACACCAAAACCAGUCGUGGAAACGAACUCUCCGGAUACCUUUGGGAACGACGCAAUGGCCGCUGAAGAAAGAACUAAAGAAUCAGAAAGCGUUUCGUUUUAUAUUCCCCGGGAUGAGGACGAAGUUUCGGUAGAUUCUCAUUCCACUGCUGACCACCACCGCGGUAGUGCUUCGUCGUCAUCGGCAUCAUCGAUGAUGUCACUGCAAAGUUCCUUGUCAUCGUCGUCAUCAUCCACCGAUACGCAAGCAAAAUCGAAUUCUUCCCACCAGACCUGCCAGAACACCACCGAAACGAUGAGUGCACUUCCCCCACACUCGACCACUGGUUCGUCAACCGACACAACAGCAGAUGAGUGCAGUAUUUUCAUUGCCGAUGAUUCAAAUGACCACAUCGCAGAGGAUAACAGAACUUUGAUAACCUCCUUUGAAAGUCAUAUGAACUGGCUACAAGAGCAAGAUGAAACACUUCUUUAGCUUUAUGUCAUGAUCUUAAAGUCAUAGGGCAUGUAUGGCUAUGGAAGAUUUUGUGAACAUGCUGAGAAAUUUAACACCCCUAAUAAAUAGACUUGAAUAGAAGGAGAAAAUCCGACAAGCACAACACUGAAAAUUUCAUCAAAAUCGGAUGUAAAAUAAGAAAGUUAUGACAUUUUAAAGUUUUGCUUAAUUUCACAAAACAUUGAUAUGUACAUCCUGGUCUGUAUGCAAAUGAGGGGACUGGUGACAUCAUCCACUCACUAUUUCUUUUGUAUUUUAUUAUAUGAAAUAUUCUAAUGUACUCCUCAUUGUUCUGUGAAACAAAGUUUUAUUCCUCCCUGAAUAUGUGGGAUUUCCAUUGUUUUAACAUUUUAUGGUUCAGUUAAGUUGGUCCCUAAUGUCAAAUCUGUAAAAAUUGAAAUAUUAUAUAAUUCAAACGAUAGAAAACAAAAAGGGACAUCAUCAACUCCCUCAUUUGCACGUUACUGAGUUGUGAAUAUAACUCUUUUGUUAAAAAUAUGCGAAAAUUGAAAAGGCCAUAACUUUCUUAGUUUACAUCCGAGUUUGAUUAAAUUUUCAGUGUUAUGAUUGUUUGAUUUUCCUCUAUUCAUUUUGAGCAACAUUUUUCUGGGGUGGACUUAAUCUUUAAGCAAUAUGCCUAAAUACUGGGUCACGUUCGAUAAAACGUCAUGGUUAAAAACAAUGAUAACAUGUAAAUAGAGAGCUCUAUAUAUAUUGAGAAAGAAAAGAUGAGAAGGAUAAAGUCAUACUGAUAUUUUCUUAAGAAGAUCUUUAGCAUGUUAUUACAUGGUGAAUGCGUGUCUGUUCAAUCUAUAUAUUUUUCCUUCAGUUCAGAAUUGAUAAUUUGUCAACUGUUGUAACUCUAUUGAGUAAUUUGGCUGUGAUUACAAAUAAAAUUGCAUUGAGAAGUAUGACAAGGGUCUUCGACCUCUUUCGACGCGCUUGGUCUGGACAUAAACAUUCAAAUUUAAGAUUGGCUUUUAAAACCAUAACAACGGAGUGAUUCUGGCUACCUCGUGGAUAUUCUGAACUAUUCUCCUAGAGGCCACCACACACCUUACGAUUGGUCUGCGAUCCGAUUUUGGAAUAAAACGUAAUAAAAUCUCAUGCUAACAUUGAGACAUGGAAUAUCUUACUGUUUAAUGUUCUGAAUCAUCAUACGAAUACCUACUUUCAAAUCUGUGACUAUAUGCUCUCAUCCUUAUUAGAAUAAUAGCGAAUUUAAUAUCUAGUCGUAAUGACGUCAUAUCAAUCGUACAAUUGACUACGAUUUCAAACUUAUUUGGCCUUUACUCUAAAAUGAAGGCUUGGAAUCACCCAAAAUUGUUAUAUUAGUGUUCUUUCAAUAUAAAAAAAGAAAACCAAUAGAUAAAUUAAUGAAAAAUAAAUAGAUAAAUAAAUUUGAACCACAAAUAUUUUCAUUUACAUUUUCAGAGAAUGAGCGAAAUGCGAUUUGUUCCAAAAUUGGAUCGUAGACCAGUCUUAAGGUGUGCGGUGGCCUUUAGUUAUAAUAGAGACAAAUUUGUAUAGGGGUCCGGUGAAUGUUAUACUCCAGGCUCCCCCGUUUAUCUCAUUUUAAGCCUCUCAAAUUCCUUUUUUUUAAAUCCUUAUCUAGAUAUUAUACGCAUUUGGCAAUUUAUGUUUUCAUUGACAAAAGAAACAAAAACAUACUUAAACAGAAACACUGAUGGGGGAAAUAAAUACCCCCAAUAUCAUGCAGAAUCGACUACAGAAAACAAUAAAUUGUAGAAAAUACUGAAGCCUUUAUCACACGAGAAUACAGAUGUCGAUGAAUGAGGAAUCCAGUCACCAUGGUAACAGUAAAUAAGUGCGUUCGAAGGGACGGAGAUGAUCGAUAAACCAAUGACCAUUAUGAAUUAGUGAUCAGUAUAAAGCGGUCAGCAUAAAUACUCUAUCUCAUUGGCGAUGUAUAUAGCGUGAUGGUCAAACCUAAGCUCCCACUAUAACGUUUUCACGUGGUUUUUUUUUCUUUUUGAUAAAUGAAGGAAGAGCGGGGGGGGGGGGGAAGAGCUGGUUUAAAUCGGGAGUCGGUCAAUUGUGUGAAAAAUUAUUAUUACAAUCCCGUCACAGAUCACAGUAUUCAUGUUCGGGUUUUUUCAUUACAAUUAUGCUACGAUUAACGAGUAUUAUGCGGUAGAGACCGUUGAUUCUCUAUAUAUUUUCAAAUCGUUCUAUUCUCGACCAGGUCAUUUUCUUUAAUUUUAUGAUGAAAUAAGCAGUGAUUUUCUUUUUCAAUCGCUUUAUUUAAAGUAUUAACGUGAAUUCGGCAAAGAGCAUGACAAUGUAUUUUUCAAUGCUGAAUUUAUCGAGGGGAAAACGUAUUAGUAUAUUUUGUCUAAAUUAUUAAAAAAAAGUAUUAUUUAUAUCGAGUAUUAUAAGACUUUAUGUAAUGAGUACAAAAAGAGUAUUUUACUGUAUGAGCAUGUCAAUGGUGACAAGAAUAUCAAUCCAAACGAUUUGAUAGUCAGAAUCAGCGUUGAGAGUGUAUCGCUUGAGAUGUAUAAUAUCUAUUAAAUUGGAAUUGGCAUAAAAAUUUA